GCUAUUGUAUUGCAGCGUGUAUAGCCCAUAAUGGCCGAUACACAACCACCUGCUGGGACCCAACAGGGUCAAGCGCCAGGCCAACAACAGAAUGGGGGAGGGGUUAUGUCAAUCAUCCAGUCCGUAGGACGCAUAGUGCUGAUAUACUGGGUCGUGAAUUUCUUCGCUUCUUCGUUUAGAGGAUCCAAUCAACCUGUGCCUGCGACGACGCCAAAUGGGAAAGGUGUUCCCAACGCUUUACUUCCUUUAUGGGAGUACGGAAGGUCGACGGACCUGCAUGUAUUUCUUGCAGAGAAUGAAUACCUGUCAAGCCUCGAACAGGCAAACUUGAUAUGGAAAGAAAGCAACAUAGUCUACGGAGACUGGGAGGAGCGACGAAAGGAUCUGCAGAUUGAUGCGCCGGAGAGUGUGCAAAACAACGGCAGUUUAUAUGCCCAUAUAUUUCUGACGGUGUCCGGUCAUUCACCGGAUCGUAAGGAUCAAACGUUUGACGAGGAAUCUACAUUGUAUUACCGAAAACAGCUCACGAGGUACAUGCCGAAAAAGAAAGUGAAGAAGAUGAAAAGCCUGGUUUCCAAAGCUGAAGAUGCUGAUGUUCAAGAGCUGCAGGAAGAGGAUGACAAUACGAAUGAAGAAACGACAAUUAUAUCGUACUGGUGGCCUAAUGUGACGAUCAGCAUCAUUAACUCUAAAGAUCCCAUACCUGCUGCAACUCCACCACAGCUGAUGCGAAAUGUUCGAACGACGCACGAAGGCAAACAUUACUUUCCCGUAUUUUAUGUGAAUGACUUCUGGAUGCUGAGCGAUCAGCUGAGUCCAAUCAACACAACUGUCAAAACAUUAAACGUGUCAUUAUCGUACUCCCCAAUGGCCUGGUGGAAGUAUCAGAUGUAUACACAGUUCGAAGAGUCCUUCCGUAUGCAGAAUACUAUGAUGGGCGUUGCUUCCUCUGAAACAGAUGAAAUGAAGCGCAUGUUCCUGGAGACGAACCCGAUUCUUCUGGGUGUAACGAUGGUUGUGUCUCUUCUACAUAGCGCCUUCGACUUUCUUGCUUUCAAAAACGAUAUUCAAUUCUGGCAAAAGCGUAAAAACAUGGAGGGACUAUCUUUCCGUACGAUUGUCCUCAAUGUAUUCUUCCAAACGGUCAUUUUCUUGUAUCUUUUGGAUAACGAGACUUCGUGGAUGGUUGUUAUUUCAUCUGGAGUGGGAUUGUUAAUUGAAGCAUGGAAGAUUCAAAAGACGGUGAUUGUGCGGCGCAAGGACACGUUCCCCUUUGUGGAGUUUAUCGAUCGGGUGAAACCUUCGAAAUUAGUAUCGAAAACUCAAGAGUACGAUGAGCUGGCUUUCAAGUACCUUUCGUAUGCGCUUUAUCCCUGCUUGGCGGGUUAUGCCGUAUAUUCGCUUCUUUACCAGGAGCAUAAGAGUUGGUAUUCCUAUGUUCUGGGAACUUUGGUUGGGUUCGUCUACGCAUUUGGAUUCAUUACUAUGACUCCGCAAUUGUUCAUCAACUAUAAAUUGAAGUCGGUGGCGCAUAUGCCCUGGAAAACAUUCAUGUACAAAGCACUGAACACCUUCGUAGAUGACCUGUUUGCAUUCGUAAUAAAGAUGCCGACUCUUCAUCGAUUGGCAUGUUUACGAGACGAUGUCAUCUUUUUGGUGUACCUAUAUCAAAAAUGGAUAUACCCUGAAGAUAAGCGACGUAGAAAUGAAUUUGGACAAGUCGGUGAAGAAGGGGCCGAUGACGAAGAGGAGUCUGAGGCCGAGGAGGAGGAGCCAGCAGGCAAGAAUGGCAAGACUUCACCUGCUGCAUCUUCCAAGACCAAUGAGAAGGAAAGCAAAAAGGAUAAAUGAGGGAGGGACUCAACAUGAUACAUUAUAGCAAUUGAAAUGAAUUUUGAUAGAGAAAAUGCUGUCAGGACAAUUUAUAUGAAUGAGAACGCAUAUGUGUUGCUGUACACUACUACAAA